GGAAAGCAUCUAUACCACUCCUCUCUCCGCCACCCUUUUUGCUCGCGCUCGCGGCGGCGGCUGCUCGUGUCGUCUUCCCCGCCUUGCCCGCGAGUUUGUCCCGGACGCCUCGGCGCCCGGGCCGCCGGCGAGUCCUCUGCUCGGCUGGACUGGCGAUUUGGUGCGUCUUCCGUUGGUAAGGAACCACCCUCUGUAAUGUAACAGACCCCUCCCUCAAGGCUCAAAACCCUGUCCCCUUCCUAGCCGCCGCACCCCGCACCCGCACGCCCGCCUAGUCGCCUCCCCUCUCCUUCGGUAACCACUGAGCCACCUCCCUUCCAUCGGUAUCCCAAGUCCCAAAUCCUAAUCCUAGCGGCAACCCUAGCGGCGGCGGUCUCCCAGCUCCUGAGCGGCGGGCUCGUCGCCCCUGCCGGCCGUCGCCUUGAGCCCCCAGCUGCUAGCGGUCGUCGCCUCCAGUUGCCAGCGGCCAGCGCCCGACCGCUCGGCGCUCGUCGCUUGCGCCCCCGCGCGCAGGCCGCGUCGCGCUCGCGGCUCGAGCACGCGCAAGGGCCAGACUUCGGUCGCCUGCCGCGCGCGCCGAGCAAGCGCAGCCGCGCAGGGCCGCAGGGGGCAGGGUUGCCGUGCUGCACAGGGCUGCCGCGCACGUGCACUCGCACACAAAGCAGAGCAAGAAGCCAGCCUGAGAAGUGAACCAAGGUCUCCUGUUCAUUUCGUCACUAAAAAUCUUUGGGUUUGAGAUGGCAUCACCUGGCCAAAUGACGGCAAGCAAUCUGUUACACACCAAAGGCUUUCCUGGAAAUAUGGGAAAACAAUAUGGUUUAAUUGGUGCUCGAAGUCUUGGGUCAAGAAGUCUGCGAAUGAGUCAACGCUGCUUUCAUCAGCAGCAUCUUUGUUGGCCACGUGCACAAAGAGUUAUGGUUCGUAAUAUCAGAAUGUCAUCAUCUCCUGGCACUGUGGUAUCCGAGGGGUUUGACAGUCCAUUAGUUGAGAAAUCUGAUUCUGCAUUGAAUGGUGGAAUUAUUCACUUGUACCGUAUACCAUUUCUUCAAGAAAGUGAAACCAUGGAGCUGCUUAAGAAAGUGAAGGCCAAGGUUUCUGCUAAUAUUGCCGAUAUAAUGACUGAGCAGUGCUUCAACAUUCAGUUGGACAAUCCACUUACUCCUGAGAAGCUUUCCACGCUUCACUGGCUCUUAGCAGAAACUUAUGAACCUGAGAAGUUGCAAACUAGGAGCUUUCUGGAGGAGGAAGUGUCUAGAAUUUCAAGUGCUGUCAUUGUUGAGGUUGGUCCCCGGAUGACAUUUUCGACUGCAUUCUCAUCCAAUGCUGUCUCUAUCUGUAAAUCUAUCUCAUUAGUAGAAGUGGCUCGACUGGAGAGAUCAAGAAGAUAUCUUUUGCGCCUUGAGCCUGGUAGUGACCCGCUUGAUGAAAGUCAGCUCAAAGAAUUCUCUGCGUUGGUUCAUGAUAGAAUGACAGAGUGUGUCUAUCCCAACAAGCUCACAUCAUUUCAGUCAGAUGUAGUUCCUGAACCUGUCCGUGUUGUUCCAGUCAUUGAAAGGGGAAAAGAAGCAUUGGAAGAAAUAAAUGUGAAGAUGGGGCUUGCUUUUGAUAAACAAGAUAUUGACUACUAUACACACCUCUUCAGAGACGAUAUCAAACGCAACCCAACUACUGUGGAACUUUUUGAUAUUGCACAAUCCAAUAGUGAACACAGCAGACAUUGGUUUUUUAAUGGAAAGCUUUUAAUAGAUGGAGAAACCAUGCCAAACACUUUGUUCCAGUUAGUGAAGAGACCCUUGAAGGCCAACCCCAAUAACUCUGUCAUUGGAUUCAAGGAUAAUUCGAGUGCAAUAAAAGGAUUCCCAGUAAAUCAGCUGCGUCCAACAAUUCCGGGUUCCACUUCACCAUUAUCCAUCAUGAUGCGUGAGCUUGAUAUUUUAUUCACAGCAGAGACCCAUAAUUUUCCAUGUGCUGUUGCACCAUACCCUGGAGCCGAGACAGGUGCAGGUGGCCGUAUAAGAGACACACAUGCCACUGGGAAGGGUUCAUUUGUUGUUGCUUCCACUGCUGGUUACUGUGUUGGUAAUCUUCGAAUUGAAAGUUCAUACGCACCCUGGGAGGACCCUUCAUUUUCUUACCCAGUGAACCUAGCAUCUCCAUUGCAAAUUCUUGUUGAUGCUAGUGAUGGGGCGUCUGACUAUGGGAACAAGUUUGGUGAGCCUCUAAUUCAGGGAUAUACCAGAACAUUUGGGAUGAGGUUGCUAAAUGGCGAGCGGCGUGAGUGGUUGAAGCCGAUAAUGUUCAGUGGAGCUAUUGGGCAAAUUGACCAUGCACACAUAUCAAAGGGUGAUCCAGAAAUUGGCAUGCUAGUUGUGAAGAUUGGUGGUCCAGCAUACAGAAUUGGUAUGGGCGGUGGUGCUGCCUCAAGUAUGGUUAGUGGCCAGAACGAUGCAGAGCUUGAUUUCAAUGCAGUUCAGCGUGGAGAUGCUGAGAUGGCACAGAAAUUGUAUCGUGUGGUCAGGGCAUGUGCAGAAAUGGGAGAGAAUAACCCCAUCGUCAGCAUUCAUGAUCAGGGUGCAGGAGGAAAUUGUAAUGUUGUGAAGGAAAUAAUAUAUCCUAAGGGUGCUGAAAUUGAUAUCCGCUCAGUUGUCGUUGGUGAUCAUACAUUGUCGGUCUUGGAGAUAUGGGGUGCUGAGUACCAGGAGCAGGAUGCACUACUUGUGAAACCUGAGAGCAGAAGCCUUCUGGAGUCGCUUUGUCAGAGGGAAAGGGUUUCAAUGGCUGUCAUUGGGAAAAUUGAUGGCUGUGGAAAAAUUGUGUUGAUUGAUAGCGCUGCUGUGGAGCAUGCCAAGUUGAAUGGCCUUCCUCCUCCAAACCCUGUUGAAGAACUUGAGCUUGAAAAAGUUCUAGGAGAUAUGCCUCAGAAGACCUUCGAGUUCAAGCGUGUUUCUCAAGUCACAGAGCCUUUAGAAAUUGCACCAGAGGUAACACUGCUGGAUACUCUGAAGCGAGUAUUAAGGCUCCCAUCCGUCUGUUCAAAGCGUUUCUUAACCACAAAAGUUGAUAGGUGUGUGACAGGUCUUGUUGCACAACAGCAGACAGUUGGGCCUCUUCAAAUCCCGCUUGCUGAUGUGGCUGUGAUUGCACAGACAUACACGGACCUCACAGGUGGUGCUUGCAGCAUUGGAGAACAGCCAAUAAAGGGUUUGCUUAAUCCUAAGGCCAUGGCUAGACUUGCUGUUGGGGAGGCCUUGACUAAUCUUGUUUGGGCAAAGGUUACAUCGCUUGCUGAUGUCAAAGCAAGCGGGAACUGGAUGUAUGCUGCAAAGCUUGACGGUGAAGGUGCAGAUAUGUAUGAUGCAGCUGUUGCAUUGGCUGACUGCAUGAUUGAACUUGGUAUUGCAAUAGAUGGGGGAAAGGACAGUCUUUCCAUGGCAGCUCAAUGUGAUGGUGAGGUCAUCAAAGCUCCUGGAAAUCUGGUUAUUAGUACUUAUGUCACAUGUCCUGAUAUAACAUUGACAGUAACCCCUGAUUUGAAGCUUGGUAAUGAUGGAAUUCUUCUGCAUAUUGACCUCGCUAAAGGUAAUCGCCGUCUUGGUGGUUCUGCUCUUGCACAAGCAUUUGAUCAAAUUGGAAAUGACUGCCCAGACAUUGAUGAUGUGCCGUACUUGAAGAAAGUAUUUGAGGCCAUUCAGGAACUGAUUACUCAACGGCUUAUUUCAGCAGGCCAUGACAUAAGUGAUGGUGGCCUUAUUGUGAGUGUCCUUGAGAUGGCAUUUGCUGGUAAUUGUGGUUUAAAGCUGGAUAUAGACUUGGAAGAUAGGAGCCUUCUUGAAGGACUUUUUGCAGAGGAGCUUGGUCUCGUUAUUGAAGUGAAAUCACAAUAUCUCAAUGUCGUGAAGCAAAAGCUUGAAGCAGCAGGCGUUUCCGCUAAUGUAAUUGGAGAGGUUACUAGCUCGCCGGAUAUAGAAGUUUUUGUUGAUGGCAAUCUGCAUCUCAAGGAAAAAACUUCAGAUCUCAGGGAUCUCUGGGAGGAAACGAGCUUCCAGCUUGAGGAGUCACAACGCCUGAAAUCUUGUGUCAAACUUGAGAAAGAAGGGCUAAAAAGCAGAACGUCACCAUCAUGGUCUCUGUCCUUCACUUCCAAAUUCACAGAUGAGAAUCUUUUGAUUGCAUCCUUGAAACCAAAGGUCGCUAUCAUUCGUGAAGAAGGGAGCAAUGGUGACAGGGAAAUGGCUGCUGCAUUUCAUGCUGCUGGAUUUGAACCAUGGGAUAUCACAAUGUCAGACCUCUUGGCUGGGAAGUCCUCUCUAACGGAUUUCCGUGGAAUUGCAUUUGUUGGUGGUUUCAGCUAUGCAGAUGUGCUGGACUCAGCAAAAGGCUGGGCUGCAUCAAUCAGAUUUAACCAACCCCUCAUUCAGCAAUUCCAGGAUUUCUACCAUAGGCCAGACACUUUCAGCCUUGGAGUAUGCAAUGGUUGCCAACUUAUGGCUCUUCUUGGCUGGGUGCCAGGAUCAGAUAUUGGAGGUUCUCUUGGCUUAGGUGGAGAAAUGUCCCAGCCAAGGUUUAUUCACAACAAAUCUGGUCGUUUUGAAUGUCGGUUUACCAGUGUGUCCAUUGGGAAUUCUCCUGCAAUCAUGUUCAAAGGGAUGGAAGGUUCUACCUUGGGUGUUUGGAGUGCUCAUGGUGAGGGAAGAGCUUUCUUCCCAGAUGAAGAUGUUCUAGCUACUGUUGUGAAGUCUAAUCUGGCUCCUGUGCGAUAUUGCGAUGAUGCUAACAAUAUAACUGAGACCUAUCCCUUCAAUCCCAAUGGUUCUCCACUAGGCAUUGCAGCCCUUUGCUCCCCUGAUGGAAGGCACCUUGCCAUGAUGCCACACCCAGAGCGUUGCUUCAUGAUGUGGCAAUAUCCAUGGUAUCCAAAGGAAUGGCAGGUUGAGAAGAGUGGCCCCAGCCCUUGGCUGCGGAUGUUCCAGAAUGCUCGAGAAUGGUGCUCGUAGUGCAGGACUACAAGCUUGCUUCCUUGCAUUGAACCUCGGAUUUUUGCUUUUUUGGUGCAGCUUGUCACAUUACGCUUACAAGUUGGGCAAGGAUUUCGGAGUGCAGACGUUCAGGCCCAGCUGCAGGAAUUUUGCGUGGAUUCUGGGCUACUGGCUGUGGAUGGUAUGGCUGUCUCAUGCCAUUUGGGACCUCCUUUGGCGAAAUAAUUGUAUUUGGCUGACCAAUAAUCAAAUGUUGAAAAGCUCAAUUUUGAAAUGUUGAAGAAUGUAUGACUGCCUGGUCGGUCAGGGCCAACUUAACCAUGUACUGCUGGUGGUCGCUAAUGAUUACAGUAAUUGUAAUAAGUGGAUUAAGAAGGCAUCAUGCCAUCUGCCUUUUUUUUGCGCGGUAGUUUAUCGAGCAUACUUGUUGCCUU